AGGGAGUGUUGCCGACGUUUUCAACAUGCUGACCAAGACCUUUGUUGCCCUGGCCUGCCUGGCUGCCACUGCCACGGCCUCCUGGCCCGAUAUUCAAGUGAGCUCGCAGAAUGUGACCGUCUCGGGUCUCAGUGCCGGCGCUUUCUUUGCCGUGCAGUACCAUGUGGCCUUUUCUGCCUCCAUCACCGGCGCCGGCAUUGUGGCCGGCGGCCCCUACUACUGCGCCGAGGACGAGAUGGCCGAGGCCCUCACAAUGUGCAUGAACACUCCCGAGAUGAUCAACCUGGAACGCCUCUACUCGGCCACCGAGGGUUUUGCGGCCAGCAAGUCGAUUGAUGCCACCUCCAACAUGGCCUCGGACAACGUCUACCUUUACUCAGGCACCAACGACCACGUCGUCAACUCGGCUGCCAUGCACAAGCUGCAAACCUACUACGAGCACUACGUCACCAAUGGUAACAUUACUACCGAGUACACUGUCGACUCGGCCCACGGCAUGCCCACCCUUGACUACGGCAACCCUUGCAGCCUUCAGGGCGAGCCCUACAUUCAGAAGUGCGAGUACGAUGGUGCUGGCCACAUCCUCCAGACCCUGUACGGCACUCUGAACCCCCGUGGCACCGCCUCGGACAGCAACAUCAUCUCCUUUGAUCAGACGGCCUUUGGCAGCGCUGAUGCCCUCCUUGGCCCGACUGGUUACAUGUAUGUGCCCACGGCCUGCCGCAAUGCUUCUGCUUGCCGCCUCCACAUUGUCUUCCACGGCUGCCAGCAGCAGAUUGAGCGCAUCCAUGAGGACUACAUCAAGCACACCGGCUACAAUGAGUGGGCUGAGUCCAACAACCUCGUCAUUCUGUACCCUCAGUGCAAGGCCACCGAGCUCGUUGGCAACCCCAACGCCUGCUUCGACUGGUGGGGCUACACCAACAAGCAGUACGCCACCCAGAAUGGCUCCCAGAUGAAGGUUAUCCGCGCCAUGCAGGACAAGCUCACUGGUGCCUCCAAGUAAAGACUUGACCCCACCUGUUCUUCCCUUGGCUUGGGAAGAAGCCCUGCGCGCUCCAUAUACUGCCAGCGCCAGCCCUACAAACCAAAUUGAAAGCCUUAGAGUUGC